ACUAACCUCGUUGUAAAGUUGACUUUGUUGCAAUGAUCUUCAUCACUUAUUUGUUAUGAUAUAUUCACUAACACAUACACACAUACAUACAUAGAUGUGAUCUAAUAUACAGCGUCAUCAAAUUUUACACAGGAUACAGGCACACAAAUCAAACUGUUUUCGUAUUUAACUACCAAUUCAUUGACCUAAUAAUAGUAGUAGUAGUGGUAGUAAUAGUAGACAUUGUCAUUUCAUUUACCUGUAAGCAUUGUGUUUGUGUGAGGGCAGGCAACAAUUGUUAUCAUUAUUAUUGUCGUAAUUAUUUUAUGAAAAGCUGAAUACAACAGUUAAUCCUACUGUUACGACCGAAAAACUAUGGUGGCUAAAGAUUUUAUUGAACUUUUUGCAAAAUUCAACUAUGCUAAUCGUGUUGCAGUUGAAGAUUUCUCAGAUCGAUUGAGUUUAUUCACGGUAGUUUUGUUCUUGAUCGCUUGUAUAAUUGUAUCGGCCAAACAAUACUUUCUAAAUUCAAUCUCAUGCUACAUUCCUGUAAAACCGACUGGUGAAAAUUAUAAUUCAUAUUUAACUGAUUACUGUUGGGUUCAUGGAACUAUUCCAUUGAGACCUGAUGAACCGAUGCCAACUACACCAAAAGAAUGGGAACAAUAUGAUCAAUUAAGGCGUAUAACUUAUUACCAGUGGGUCCCAUUUGUUCUCGGGUUGCAAUGUAUAUUUUUCUACAUUCCACAUAUUGCAUGGCAGGCUGUAUGCGCCCAUAGAUCCGGUGGAGAUUUGUUUGCUCUUGUGAAAGCCGCUGCCGAUGCCGCAAUCUCUGAACGUGGUUCUCGUAAGAGCCAAGUUAAACGUGUGGCUGAAUUUUUGGAAGAUAUGAUUGAUGGUCAUAAGGAUUGUCGACAUGGUCGUCGUAUGAAUAUAACUAGACGUGCAUAUGACAUGUGUGGUAUAUGUGUUGUUAGCAAACGACUUGGAACAUGUCUGGUAUUUUCAUAUUUAUGUGUUAAACUCAUAACAAUUAUCAAUGCAAUUAUGCAAGUAUAUUUGAUUCAACGUUUUCUUGGUUUUUAUGCUGAUGGAAGCGCGGGACAGAAAAGUAUGCAAUUAGGGAAACCAUACGAAGCUAGCUCGGCAGUUGCAGCGAUGUCGAAUCAAGAAAAUGAAGAUUUAGACGGUUUCGGAUUCGGAUUAACUGUUGCCAACCAUAUACGUGCUGGACGUGAUUGGCCAGAGACAAUUCUAUUCCCACGUGUAGCUUAUUGUCGUGUCCCAGGUAUUCGUUUAGUCGGUGCUGAAAAUGCUUAUACGGCACAAUGUGCACUACCGAUAAAUAUGUUAAACGAGAAAAUCUAUAUAUUUUUCUGGUUUUGGAUCUGUUUCCUUAUAGCUGCCAGUAUAUUUAGUUUAAUAUUAUGGUUAGUAAGAAUGAUUAUCGCACCAAGACGUAAAGAUUUUAUCAAACGUUUCUUACGUAUUAAAGGAAUACGUUCAAGAACUGGUCAGGAGAUUACGCGCGCUGAUUUAGACGAAUUCAUUGAUGAUUACCUUCGCCGAGAUGGUGUAUUUUUAGUACGUAUGCUGGCCAUCAAUGCUGGUGAUGUGAUCACAUCUGAAAUUGUUAUGGCUUUAUAUGAACAUUACAUAGAUAAUGUUUAUUCAGUGGAUAAUACCCCACAGAAAAGUUUAGAGAAAGAACCAUUGAAAGAUGGAUCAGGUAUACCAUCAAAUUAUGUGUAAAGUUAUUCUUGUGUUCUCUCGUAUAUAUGUGUAUUUUUUAAUCCAUAACUAUUGCUCAUGAGUAUAUAGUUGCAUUAUAGCAGUAUUACAAACAAUAGUAAUAGUAUCUUACUAGGUAAAAGCUUAGCAUGGAGGUGUACAACACAAAACUGGUUUUUCCAGAUAUAACAAAUCUAUUUUUAAUUCUUGUUAUGGUUGUCGUUCGCACAGUUUAGAAUUUCUUCCAACUUUUGUAAUGGUUUAAUUUUUAUAUCAACGAAACUGUACCACUUUUACGCCUACUAAUACUGAUUUCAAAUGCCUUACUUUUAUAAUGGUUUUUUUUAGCUUUUAUUAUUAUUACUAUUACUAUUAGUAAUACUUUUAUCAACAAGUUUUUGAACAGUAUGUACGUGAAGAUCUGGAUUUGAUUGACCUGUUUUGAAAUUGUGUCUAUUCCUUCUUUUUAUAACUAACUUUUAUACUACUAUUACGAUAUAGUACUGUUUUUAUUGUUUUUAUUAUGCUUACGAUUAAUUAUUAUUCGUAUCUACCUUCCUUUAAAAACAACAAUUUAAUUGUACUGAAAUGAUUGCGAUCCUGAAAAUUUUUUCUACACUUUUGUGACAAUUAAUAAAAAUAAAAGAAUCUGUUGGGGCUU